ACUACGUAGCAUAUAUAUCGCGAUGUAGCAAAGUAGGUUUUUCCUGAUGCGUGACUGUGGAUAGUAACAGGGCAGGGCGACAUUCUUCAUCUUACAUUGUAACGUUACGCGCCAGAGCUCAGCGUGCCUUGGCCUAACACUCCACUUUUUCUUUUCCCUAACGCAACGUAGAUUAGUUUACACUUAUUUACUGCCACUGAGCUAACAUCAGCUGGUCUUCUGGUCUUCCUAACGGGCAGGCAGUUCCCAACGGCCUAAUACGAGUAAUGCAAACUGUCACGCUUCCCAUCGAUUGUCCUGCCCUCCCAUCGAUUUGACCGCUAUGAUACAGAAGAAAAACAAAGGAACGGUCCUGAAGGCACCAAAGUCAGAGCCUUCCUGCAGCAAAACCAGACAAGGAGCAGCCAGAUCGACUGUGAUCAACAGAAUCAACGAGUGUUUACCCAACGAACUUUUAGCCUACAUCUUUGCCACUGCAAUUAACAGCCUGUUUCCAAUAUCGCACAGCCCCUUCCUUGCUGUAGUAUGCAGCACCUGUCGUCGUUGGCGGGAUGUUGCUAUCGAGGCAUCUGAACUUUGGACUACCAUUUAUAUACAUGAUCAAAGCCAUAUACCACCUGCCGAACUCUUCCUUGAACGAUCAAAGACCCGGCUUCUGGAUGUUGACGUCCAAGUCAUCUUUGAUCGAGGUGGGUUCUGGAUGACUCCUGAGCCGGCCACUUUCAGUCGAUCAUCUGGGUUUCGAGUUGCGGAGUUGACGUCGGUCCAUCUUGUGCGUACGAGGACACUUUCGUUGAGUGUCAGCGACACACAGGGUGCCGAAUUCUUUUCUGUAUUGUACCGACCGAUGUCCACUCCGCAUCUCGUUAGCCUUUCCAUUGAUGUCAAAGGAUCGCCGCGAGGCGCUCCCCUCUUACUUGAUUCCAUUUACUCAUUCCGUUCUAAUGGGAGUAAAGCCUUACCCUCAAACACAGCAUCAAUCUCCCGCCUUACCAAGCUCGAGAUCACAACUCUUCGACAUGAAGAUAUGCGGAUUAUAUUCAUGUGCUUCCAGUCUCUCGAGACACUCAUCCUGCCGAAAUUUGGUCAAAAUUGGAGUGGAAGCCGGAGAGAGAAUCAACCCAUCGUAUUAGUCUCCAGCACGCUGCGAUCGCUCGCAGUUCAGCUUGAUCACACUCAUAACAGGUUUUUGCGUGCACCGGGGAAUUGUUCAUGUGUCCUAGGCUCUCUUCGCUUUCCGAACCUCGAAUAUCUCGAGGUCCUAGGCGACAAGUCUUCCUACAAUCCUAAUCUCGGCAGUCACUUCAAAGACCUGUCGAAAUUGCAAGCACUGCGUUUGCAGCGGUGCUCCAUAUCACCUGCUGAUGCCGAGUUCUUCCGCUCUUUGAUAUCGUUAAAUCGUUUGGAACUGGUGGACAACUUGAAAGGUGUGGAGGGGUUUGCAAUACACUGCAUAACAGUGUCCUUACCUUUUCCUCACCUGUCGUCUAUCUUACUCAGUGGCAAAUCAGGUCGAAGUCAUGGCAUAUCCCAGUGGGUACGCCUAGCGCGGCUAGCUGUCCAGAAUUAUGGUUGUACCAGAUUUUCUAUCGAAGUAACGGCACAACAUCGUCGCCGCAUGUUGCUUGCGUUCCUUGGUCCUCAGGAUGAGCGUAUUCACGUUGAAACAACAGAUCUUCCUCCCGGUUUGCUCUUUCCGCUUCCUACAAAAAAACUCUUCGACCAGUCAGACCAUGACGAGGAAGAUUAUUACGCUUCCGACGUUGCUACCAUUGAUUCGUCCGACUAUGAGUCCCUGGUAGAAUAUUAACGGGGCUUUGAACUGUAAGUUUACAUUUCGAACUUUGUGUGCGAAGCGAAACAUGAUAUUGACGAACCUUUAGUGAAAGGAUGUAAGUAUAUAGACUGUUACAUAUUAUGAUUUCCUUUGGAUUCGGAAUGUAUCAGAAACUUCAAAGGCGGUGCUGGUCUGUACUGGCCGCUGAUCAAUGGAUAGCUGGGUAGGCUGGUAAAUAGCGCUGUCUUCGACGUAUUACUUCUCUAAUGUUAUUGGACAUUGAGGAAAUAAGUGUCGAC